GCAUCUAAUACUGAGUUUUUUGUUACUUUGUUACACAUCGACAAGACCAACCCAGCUUCAGAGCUUGUCCAAGUUAUUUUCAGUUUUGACGAAUCCAAACAACAUAAACUCAAACAUCGUCUCUUUCAUCUUUAUUACAGUGUGUGUCAAUUACAUGUUCUCUGUUCUGCGUUUUUUACUCUCUGUGUCUGAUACAAUCUCAAGGACACGUGCGGAUCUGCACCCUCCAAGAUGCUAGCCCUAUUCUGAGAAUGGAAAACAAGCAAACUGGUUCUGGAACUCAAGAUAAUUCUAUAAUGAAGUCCGUUGAUCAAAGAGCACGAUCUAAAGGGCGUAGUGACAUAUUGACUAGACGUUUAAAGAAUCGAGAGAGACAACGUAGAUAUAGGGCUCGUAAGCGUCUAGAAGCUGAAACCAAGAAGCCUUUUAUUGUAGAGGAGACAGCAGCAGUGCAAGUAGAACUACAACCAAAUGGGAAUCACAAUUUCAUGACCCGAAUAUAUUGCAAACGAGAUUGGAAAAAGGAUGCAAGACGGGCUCAUGUUUCAAAGCAUCAAGAAAUGAAUGGAUCUAUUGAUCCUUCUCCAACACUAACUUGUGUACCUGAGGUGACAUGCUUAGCCCUUGGGAAUAAGGCAGAAACAAUGCUAGAGAGGGAAAUUCAAUCUGGACCUUCUAAUAAUGAAAUUCCUAGAAUUGUGCUGGGUCGUAGAGAUUGGAAAGCAGAAGCUAGAAGAAAGAAAAACUAGUGGAUUUUUCAUUUCUUCUUUUAAAAAGAGUACUUUUCCCACUGGACUUUCUGUUGUAUGAUAGACAUUAUAUAAUGUAAAGAAUGCUGGAAAAAUCCCUGUUACAUUAUUUGGCAGGUUUUGAAGUUAUAAGCA